AUGUCCACCGUCAAAACAAGGAAAGCGUCUCCCUUUGCUCUGCAGCCUGAGCCAACUCCGUCUCCAGCUUCUCCCCUCUUCUUCCUCAGCUCCGGUCCCCCUCCCUCUACUCUAGGGCAGAGAGGCGAUUCCUCCACCUUGCCGCCUUCUAGAACCUUCCACGCCCUGCGCGCUCCGCCCCUCCUCGCCUCCCUCUCCUCCGUCUCCCCGCUCCCCGCUCACUGCCCUGCGCGCUGCGCUGCAACGAUGAGGAUGGUCUCCAUCCAUGCGCCGCCGCCGCCGACCCUGUCCUGGGCCAUAAGGCUGGCCUGUAUCCUCUCCUGGGCCUCAAUCCCCAUCCCACGGCCCAACUCCACGCUCCUCCCGCUCGUUAAAUUUCCCCCGCUUCUCCUCCCCCUUCCCUGCUUCCCCUGUUUCGCGAUCGCCCGCUUCGUCUCCGACUCCGAGCUCCACCGCGCACCGCCUUCUCCCGCGGAGGGAUUGGGCUUCCUAUUCUGCAACAAGAAGCACCUCCUUCUCGUUGCAGGCUUCUCCCACCACCAACAAGGGCACCGCGCCGUCAAGGACCAACAAGGGGCACCGCAGGAAGGCGCCAAGGGCCAACAAGGACCAGCAGCAGAAGAAGAAGCGUCGACGGCCAACAAGGCCGCGGCCGCAGAGGAAGAAGAAGGUGUCUCCGACCUCCAAGAAGCUACCCGCAAUAACCCCUCCCCUCUCCAGCAAGUGCAGCCGGAGCUGCGGAUUCCGACCAUGCCGACUUCCCUGUCGGCCUUUGUCCAGGAGUUGCUCCGCCUACUGCAGAUGCCGACCAUGCCGGCCUGGCUGUCGGCCUUUUUCCAGCGGUCCCGGACCGACGACGCCCCCGUCCCCGUCCCCGUCGACGCCCCCGUCUCCGACCCCCUCAUCGCGCCUCAAAGGGAGGAGACGAGAAUUAGGCUAACGGCCUUGUACAGGCAUAGCGUCGACAGCGCGGCUGCGCGUCGUUGGAAGAAUAAACCUGCAGCUCGGGUUCUCCGUACAGGUCCUACUAUCGAUGAGCACCUUCAAAAGGAUGCUGAAAUUACUGAUCCAUACGAGCAGGAGAAGUUUCAUAUCGAUUAUCUCACCAUAAGAUCAGCCAGUAAAUAUGGGUGGGAUACUUGUGCUGCUUGUUAUUUUCAGGAUCCCAACAGCAUCGUCGACACAAAGACAGGAAAGCUGGAGAAGCACUUUAAUAACAACCACCAUGAGGAUGAAAAGCCGAAGAGAUGCAAAGUGUGCGACGCCUUGUUUCACAGUCAGCGGCUUAAGGGCGUGUUCGGCAACCCUCCGGCUCCCAGAUCCGCGGUGCUCCGGCCCGGAGCAGCGCCGAACGUGGCAACUCCACGGAGCCAGAUCCGCGGAGCAGGACGAUUCGGCUGUGUAAUUCGCGGAGCACCUAUUUUGCUGAUCCGCGGAGCAGCCUGUCGCGGAGCAGCAGUUAAUUACGACGCUCUGCCACCGCCAAGUGAAAAAACUGCUCGGUUGGAUUCCAUCCUUCCCCAAGCGAGGCUCUCUCCCACACCACGCCAAGUGCUCCCGACCCGUCCUUGAACUAGCCGCCACAGGCUCCCGAGCCGCCGCCGCACCUCAACUCCGGCGUCGCCAUCUGCCCGAGCCGCCGGAGCUGGCCGUCCGUCCGAGCCGCCGGAGCUGGCCGUCCGCCCGAGGUCGCCGUCUGCCCGAGCUGCCGGAGCUGUCCGUCCGCCGGCGCGCCGCUCCCGGCCUCCAAGCCGGUACCCGUCCUGCGAUGGCAGCCGACCUUCACCUACUGUGCUGCACCCUCCCCGUCGCCCCUUCACCUCUCCCAGCCCACCCGCUCGGCCCCGUCGCUGCUGUCACGCUCGGCUCCGAUUCCAUUAUCCCGAGCUCCUAAUCCAGAGCAAGAAGAGGAUAUGUGCCACGAUCUCCUUGGUCCUUGUCCUCUCUGAAAGCAGGGAGUGGUGCUGCUACAGCUGCGGGAGGAGGAGGUAACACGAGCAAUCGUCGGAUCUGAGGAGAAGCAGGAUUGGGCAUUUGGGGAAGAUAACUAUGACGUGGGGGUCCACCCGUCAUUGUCUCACAUAAAAGACGGGAGCUGGCCGAACGUUCUGAGCUUCGUGGGAGAAGUGCGGAGUCGGAUCUGAGAGCCGGAUUUGAGGAUUUAGAGAAGCUAGGAGGCUUCCGAACACGCC